AUGGCCGACAAGGGCGUGCAAAGAACAAAGAGAAGAAAGGAUUUCAUGAAACCUGUCAGACACGCGUUGUUUGGCGCUGGGUCGAUGGAAUUGGAUGCGUUCGAACCGACAUUGCGCCGUGCACCAUCCCCAGCGCCGUCGGUCGAUUUCUCAAUAAUCGACGUCGACCCGGACGACCCAGAUGUCCAUUUCUCAACCAAUGCAUCAAUUCCUGGAGGUUAUCCCACUAGGCGAUCUCGCCAUUGGUCCGGUCAUGCGAGAUCGUUCUCAACUUCGGCGGCUGGCAUGAAUCUUUCACGCAGUUACACCCAUGAUCACGCCAGGGUCUCAUCGGAGUAUACCCCUGUUGAAUUCCCCGCCGAGUUCGAGGGUCACCGACCGUCAACACCGCCAAGGCACGGAAUCAGUCUGCAAACUACAUUCAAAGCACUGCUGCCUCGGAUAUGGGAUGCGAUUUCGUCGCCAGGACGAGCUGUCUUGAACUUCUCUCCUUCAGCGGAGAUAAGCUCGCACACAUUCUCCGGCUCUUCUUCCUCGUCUUCGUCAAGGUCCACUUCGCCUUCUCCACAACGUUCAGUGACACCUAUUUCCCAAUCGUGGUACCACACUCCUGGCCCAGAGUCAGAAAGGCGAACACCGAUUAUUUGGAACCUCUCGCAACACAAGAGCAAGGUCAAGUCCAGAACGACAGGAUUUUUCUCCCGGAAUGGGAGUCAGAGAGACCUCAGUGAAUUGAUUGAUUACUCGGACCUCCUUCCCUUGGACGGCGAAGAGGGUGAGCUAAUUGACGACGAGGCUUGCUUCAUUGACGUACGAGCUGUCACUGGCAUUGAUAUCCUUGCUCUUCUCCCUCCGGAACUAGCGCUACACACACUUACGCUAUUAUGCCCGCCUCCUCUGGACUACUCGUCGACAAGCUCAAGCUCCCAUCCAGGCGGCAAAUCGGCUGAAACGAGAAAUUCACCGACGAAGCAAAGUUCUUCGCCUUCAACUUACUUCGGAGUUAGCGCCAGGCCUUCUGGGCGAUCAUCCCUUCCUUUGACAUCUGCGGACGAACAAGAGGAGGCCCUCCAUGCUCUCCUCGCGUGUCGGGCUGUAUCUCACACAUGGCGUCGCUUGGCUAGCGAUAACGCCGUCUGGCGUGCCCUCUUCCUUGGACGAUGGGGCAUUGACCUGGAAAGGGCAACUCCAGAGUCCAUGCUGCGAACAGCAGUUAGUCGAAAGGCCAUGGGUUGCACAUGGGAUUACGACUGGGGCAUCGACUACACCAUUCCCUUUGGCGAGCACCGCAGUUCAGUCUCAAAAGGAAAACAACGUGCGGUUGAUCCUCUGGCGACGCCAGGUUCCAGGCGGCGGGAUGAUUUCCGUGAUCGAAGCUUGUACUUCUCCCCUCAUCGAAUCUCCUACAUCGUGAACGAUGCCGCGAAUUCGCUUUCCAGUGCUCCCUUGCAACUGGACUGGCGACUCCUGUAUCGUGAGCGGCUGGAACUCGAUAUGCGAUGGUCAGGGACUGUUCCCGAGCGCAUGCUUGUUCGUAGUCGGCAGAGGACAACCUCGGGUUACUUGGGACUACCGGAUGAAUGUAGUGACCUCGACAUUCACGAUAUAAAAGAGAACAUCCCGCCCUGGGAACCUAAACUGCGCAGGAUGGAAGGUCAUACCGAUAGUGUCUAUUGCCUUGAGUUCGAUUCUCAACGGAUCAUGACAGGUUCUCGAGAUCGUACAAUCAAGGUGUGGAGUCUCAAGACCGGCCAAGUCCUUGGAACGUUCCAAGGAGUCCAUACGGGAAGCGUUCUAUGUUUGAAGUUCGAGCGGGACUGGGAUCGACAUGGGAAGGAGGCUAGGAGUUUGAGCGGCUCUUUGGAGAACCACAAGGGGAUGCUCGUUAGUGGAAGCAGCGACUGUACCAUCUGUGUUUGGGACAUUGAACUGGGAGACAUCGUUCCCGGGACGAGCGAUAGAGAGGUCAAAGCUGAGGUUCGGGAACUUUUGAAGGGACAUGAAGGCGGCGUUCUCGAUAUCCGUAUGGAUGAGAAGUGGAUUGUGAGCUGUUCGAAGGACGCCUCCAUCCGAGUUUGGGACCGUAACACCUUGGAAUCGGUUAGGAUCUUGCGAGGACAUGAAGGGCCUGUCAAUGCCAUUGGCCUUCAAGGCGAUAAAGUCGUCAGUGCUAGCGGCGAUGGAAAGAUGAUUCUCUGGGACAUUACGAAUGGCGAGCGUAUUCGCACCUUUGAAGGUCAUGACCGCGGGUUGGCUUGCAUUGAAUUCAAGGAGAAUCUCAUUGUUUCGGGGUGUAACGAUUGCAAGAUCAAAGUCUGGGACCCUUGGACUGGGGAUUGUCUCCGUACCCUAGUCGGACAUGACGCACUUGUCCGUGCACUGUCAUUUGAUCCACGAAGUGGUCGUCUCGUCAGCGUGAGCUACGACAGAACUGUUAAGGUGUGGGAUCUGUGGACUGGCAAGCUCAUCCGGGAAUUCAAACGCAUCCAUGCAAGCCAUAUUUUUGACGUAAAGUUCGAUAUUGCUCGGAUCGUCACAACGUCGCAUGACCACAAGAUUAUCGAGCUCGACUUCUCGGCUGGGUUGGACACAUCGCUCUUUGUCUGA